GCAGGGCCCGCGGCCUGCAUCCGAGCUCAGCCCAGUGGAAGUAGACACUGUGGUCUUUCGCGCCACGAAACGAUACGCAUAAAAACCCGCCCGCCGCUCUGCCAGGAAUUCUCUCCACCCACCUGCAGAGUUGUAGCUAAACUCGACCCUUCUUUUCUUUAGACUUCAGUUUUCAUAGCAGGUAUCAUGCGUUACAGCAUUGUCCUCACUGCCGUCCUGGCCUCGCUGGGUCUGGCUUCCGAUGUCCACGAGCUCAAGGAGGACACCCUCCAGGGCUUCGUCGAGGAACACGACCUCUCUCUGAUUGAGUUCUUCGCGCCCUGGUGCGGCCACUGCAAGGCGCUUGCGCCCGAGUACGAGUCGGCGGCGACGACGCUCAAGGAGAAGAAUAUCCCGCUUGCCAAGGUCGACUGCACAGAGGAGCAGGAGCUCUGCAAGAAGUACGGCGUUGAGGGCUACCCCACCCUCAAGGUCUUCCGUGGCGAGGACAACAUUGUUCCCUACACCGGCCAGCGCAAGGCCGAUGCCAUCGUCUCCUACAUGACCAAGCAGUCCCUGCCUGCUGUCUCCGAUGUCACCAAGGACUCCAUCGACGAGUUCAAGACCGCCGACAAGGUUGUCCUCGUCGCCUACUUCGCUGCCGACGACAAGGCCUCCAACGAGACCUUCACCUCCGUCGCCAACGGUCUCCGCGACAACUACCUCUUCGGUGCCACUAACGACGCCGAGCUCGCAAAGGCUGAGGGCGUCAAGCAGCCCGCCCUUGUGCUCUACAAGUCCUUCGACGAGGGCAAGGACACCCACACCGAGGCGUUCGAGAAGGAGGCCAUUGAGUCUUUCAUCAAGGUUGCGUCGACCCCUCUGGUCGGCGAGGUCGGCCCCGAGACCUACUCCGGCUACAUGGCCGCUGGCAUUCCCCUCGCCUACAUCUUCGGCGUGGAUCAGAAGGAGCGCGACACCCUCGCCAAGGAGCUCAAGCCCCUUGCUGAGAAGUACAAGGGCAAGAUCAACUUCGCUACCAUCGAUGCCCAGGCUUUCGGCCAACACGCUGGCAACCUGAACCUCGAGGUCGGCAAGUGGCCCGCCUUCGCCAUCCAGAAAACGGACAAGAACCAGAAGUACCCGUACGACCAGACCAAGUCCAUCACCGAGAAGGACGUUGGCUCAUUCGUCGAGGACUUCAUCAACGACAAGAUCCAGCCUUCCAUCAAGUCUGAACCCAUUCCCGAGACUAACGACGGCCCCGUAACCGUUGUCGUCGCCCACGAGUACGAGAAGCUCGUCAUCGACAACGAAAAGGACGUCCUCCUCGAGUUCUACGCUCCCUGGUGCGGUCACUGCAAGGCUCUUGCUCCCAAGUACGAGGAGCUUGGUGCCCUCUACUCCUCCCCCGAGCUCCAGAAGCUCGUCACCGUCGCCAAGGUCGACGCCACCGCCAAUGACGUUCCCGAUGAGAUCCAGGGCUUCCCCACCAUCAAGCUCUUCCCCGCCGGCAAGAAGGACUCCCCCAUCGACUACUCUGGCGCUCGCACCGUCGAGGACCUCGCUGCCUUCAUCGAGGAGAACGGUACCCACAAGGUCAAGGUUGCCAUCGAGGCCGUCAAGGAGGCCGCCGAGGAGAUCCCCGAGGAGAUCCCCGAGCAGGCCGCCGCCGCGUCAGAGAAGGCCGCCGACGCCGCUGAGGCUGCGACUGAUGCCGCCAAGGACGCUGCCGAGACCGUCGCCGACAAGGCUGAGGGCGUCACCGAGAGCGUCAAGAGCGCUGCAUCGGAGGCGACCGAGAGCGCUAAGUCUGCGGCAUCUGAGGUGCACGACGAGUUGUAAAUUAGGAUACCCGAUCUGAUCUCCCUCUUUUUUCUCUCUGCGUUCUGCCGCCCUGUAUCAUUGAGUGGGAUGGGUUGGAUCAUGUGCAUGGAAUGAAUGGAACGGAUGGAGACCAUGAGAUAAAAGCGACAUGAUACAGAGGCUUUUUCUAUGAACUGAAUGAUAUGGCAUUUUCUCUUUCUUGGAUGCGUCUUUGGGCCAUCAAUGGGUAGGCUGGCGAACAGAUAGUUAAUGGAGUUUUGGGUUUGUGUGUUCAUCUAUGUGUCUUUCGAAUUUUGCGGUCCAGUACCUGACUUGAUAGCUACCCUGAAGAACUCCCCAGAG